AUGAAAGAUAAUCAAGAAGUUUGUAUUUAUGAUGAUAUUCGAACGAAUAUUACUAAUCAAUUACAAAUAUGUUAUUUAAAUCAUAUACAAAAUCAUUCGAUUCUUGUUUGGUUUACUAUUGAAAGAUCUCUACAUGAUCUAUUUGAUUCAUAUCGUUUUAUUUUAUAUUCAAUUGAUAAUAUAUUAUUAUCGAAUUUUAUUGUUUCCACAUUAACUAAUUUUACAAAACUUAUUGAUCGAAAUAAUAGUUUACGUAUGUCUAAUCUUGAUUCUGGUCAAUAUGAAGUAUGUGUUGAAUUUCAAAUGAAUUUUACAACAUAUAUUUAUCAACCACGUGAUGCUUGUAUACCUAUUCGUAUAGGUAAAGCAGCGUUGGGAUCAUUAAAACCAAAUCCAGAACCAUUACUUAUUGUAUUAGCUUGUGCUAUAGUAAUAUUUUUUAUUCUCGGUCUUGUUGUUCAAUGGGGAAAAGAAAAACGUAGAAGAAACAAUCAGAAUAAUGAUAAAUCGCGAUCACGUUCAUCAAGUCUUUUUUCAACAUUAUCUUUUAAACCACAUCGUGACCGUCUUGCAAAACUCUUAUUUCAGCGUCAUGUGGAUCAAUCUCAAGUAUCAGAACUGCGUCAAUGGGCACGUGAUUUAACACGUCGACAUCGUAUUUCAACACGAAAACAAAAUUCUAAAAGAAGAAAAUCAGUUCGACAAAAGAAUAAACAUUCUUUUUCAAGAACAAAUUAUUUAUUACAAGAACAACCUCGAACAGAAUCGAUUUCGCGUUAUAGCGUGUCAUCAUCGGAAUCAAAUAUAACGAGAAAUAGUAUUUAUACAAUCUCAGAUAAAGUUCCUCAUGAAAUAACACCUAGAAAAAUUUCAUUUGAUUUAUCAAUAUCAGAAGAAUUUCAAAUAACAUAA